AUGAAAAUUAUGUUUGAUAUGUUUAAAGUAAAAUAUCCAACAACCAAAAUUCGAUAUUCUUACUUUGUGAAAUAUUUUCAUGAGCAUUUCGACAUUCACUUUGGCAGUCCAGUAGACACUUGUUGUAAGAGUAAAGAACUGGACCUUAAAAUAAAAAGUCCUUCGCUAGGAGAUGCAGCUAAAAGAGCAGCAGCUGCCGAACUUGCAAUCCAUAAAAGAAGAGCAAAAAAGUUUUAUUUGUCGUUGAAGGAAUCUACUGAGUGCAAGAUUCGUGAUGACCUGGUCGUAAUAACAUUUGACUACAUGCAGAAUGUUCACUUACUUGAAGUUCCAGUAGAGGAUUUAUUUUAUCUAACACAACUAACAGUCAUUAUUUUUGGUAUACACAACUUAAAAUUUGAACUUCUCUUAGCAGAUGAACAGGAUGAGGGUUUUAGUAGAGAUCACGUACCAACACCAUUGAAAAAGAAACCGUCAAGAAAAAGACAAACCAACUUUAUGUGCAGAAAGAAGGUCAAAGUUCAGCAAAGAAGAAAUUUAGGCUUUGGAUAUACCACUCCUAAGGGUGUGGAGUGGGAUCCCAAAACUUUAGGCCCACCGUGUGCUUGUAUGAAAAAAUGCAGAGAGGCGCUGGAAGGAGAAGAAAGAAAUAUAUUUAAUUCAUUUUGGGACCUAAAAACCUAUGAAAAGCAAAAUGCAUAG